GUUUACCUGGAACCUCAUGCAAGACACCUGCAAUGCGUCCAUGUUAUACGCGUCCAUGUUAUACGCGUCCAUGUUGUACACGUCCAUAUUGUACGCGUAUAUGUUGUACACGUCCAUGUUGUACGCGUCUAUGUUGUACGCCACCAUGUUGUACAUGGCUGAAAACCUCCAAACGACCCGAUUAUCUGACAGACUUUAAAAAUCCUUGCUGGUAUGUGACGUCACAUUCUCCAGCUGUAAAAAAGUUACGGUGCCUACCUUACUUCCACAUCAUCGGCGUUGACAAAAGCGGAACAACAGACUUGUGGUUUCGGGUCUCUGCACACCCGGAUAUCCUGAAACCUGCCGCCAUUUUAGACAAGGAGACCCACUGGUGGUCGUGGAGACGGUUUGAAAUCCUUCAUUUUGACUGGUACCUCCAGAAUUUCGACCCUCCUGCAGAGAAAAUUAACCAAACUGUGUCCAGACUUGGCAACCGGACAUACCAUCAUCUGAUCGGUAGAAGAAGCUUUCCUCACCCCACACUGUAUCAAACAUCUCACGCCAGAUGUCAAACUCAUUGUCAUAUUUAG